GGAAAAUAAAAAGAAUAAAUUAAAAAAAAAAAAAAAAAAAAAAAAAGAGGAAAAUCAUAGACACACACUCCGACCUGGUUUUCACCGUUGCCGAGAUCAGCCUGCUUCAAUUUUCAGAAAGAGAAAUGAGAAAGGAUAAAGGAGUGGCAAUAGAAAGCACUAGCACCGACCAACAAGAAGGCGGAGGCGGAGGUGGAGGCGGCGGCGGAGGUGGAGGUGGAAGCGGUGGUGGAGGAGGAGAUUUUGAUCUUCGAAAUAAAAUCGGAAACUCAGCUGGUGCGCCGUACUCCACUCGCAACGCUUCUUCCAAAUACGAUUUUGUUAAGGUGAAGGUGUGGUUGGGUGAUAAUGCCGAUCACUACUACGUGCUCUCCCGAUUUUUGCUUAGCAGAAUGUUGACAGUCACCAAGAUUCCGAAUCACGUGGCGAUUAAGAUUGCUCUUGAACUUAAAAAACUGCUUAUAGAUAACACACUUCUCGACGUAUCGCAAUCCGACCUCGAAGCUAACUUAUUUAAGCUCAUGGAGCGGCGAGGUUAUGGGGAAGAGUAUAUAAACAGAUAUAAAAUGAUGACAAGAUUUCAUCAUCAAAGAGUGCCGCUGGUUAUUCUCGUUUGUGGUACUGCGUGUGUUGGGAAGUCUACUAUUGCUACUCAACUUGCACAAAGACUAAACCUGCCAAAUGUUUUACAGACAGAUAUGGUGUAUGAAUUACUGCGCACGGCAACAGAUGCACCUUUAGCAUCUUCUCCAGUAUGGGCAAGAGAUUUCAACUCCUCCGAGGAGUUAAUAAAAGAAUUUUGUAGAGAAUGUCGGAUCGUUCGUAAAGGUUUGGCUGGUGAUUUGAAGAAAGCAAUGAAGGACGGAAAGCCAAUUAUUAUUGAGGGCAUACAUUUGGAUCCUAGUAUUUACUUGAUGGAUGAUGAAAAUAAAUCAUCGACCAACUUACAAGCAAAAGAUGAAGAGAAGUGCUCAGCGAAAGAUAAAGCAAAAGAUGACGAGAAAUGCUCGGGAAAAGUAAAAAAUGGAAGCUCAACCGAGAAUAGUUGUACUGCUCCAUCUGCUGCUAAUCAGAACAAUGACAAUAUUUCCACUCAGAGUGCUAGGUCAGGGAAAGCAGUAUCUGGUGUGGAUAUGGUUUCGGGUGCUCUAAAAUCUUUGAGUGUAGAUGGCAGCAUACCUGACUCUAAAGGUGAAACGGUAACGAAUGCUGGCACAACUGAGGCUCCCAAAGUCAAUAAAGACAAGGCUGGUCCUGAACCUAUUAUUAUUCCUAUAAUCCUAAAGAUGGCUGAGUUUGAUCAUAAGGCUUUGCUAGAGGAAUGGGUAUCUACUCGUAGCAGUGAUAAAUACCCAAUUCAGGACAAGGAUAAGUUAAUUGGCAACUUGAAAACCAUCCAGGACUAUCUCUGUUCGUUCAAGUCGCAGGGUUAUACGGUUGUCAACAUAUCAGCUACAGCUUUUCCUCAAACAUUGGAUUGGCUGCAUAAUUAUCUUCUUCAGUGCAUCGAGCAGGGAACAUCAUCUGUUCCCAGUAGGGGUGGUGGUCAGACGGGAGGAAGUUAGGACACAAAGUUAUCAUAACAUGGUGGAUCCCAGGGCCGGUAGUGCAUUUGUUCGUAUGGAUGGAUGACACAAAAGUAAAGAUGGUUCUACUCCAACUGAGCUAUCAUAUAUGAACUUGAGAACAAACUCUACUCAACGAUGGAUAUAUUUUGAUGUUAAAAGUCGGAAGACCGCGUUAAUAAGAAGGAUGAAGUUAUUUCUCGAUGGAUGGCUAUUUUAGAGCGAAUAGGAGUUGUUGCCUCUCAAUACACCGCCACAGCUAGAGACGAAUAAACGUUUGGCCGUUCUUAUAACCGUCUCAACUGGUGCAUAUCUGUCAUUUUAUCGAAGGAUAAUAUAUAUGCCUUGUUAGCAUACCUUAAUUUAUUAUGUCUUUGUUGCAUUGAGAUGGUUAAUUGAAUACUUUUAGUUGUCAGAAUUCUUCAUAGAACACUUUGGUGAAAGCAAAUCAUGCCAUUGAUGAAUGUGAAUUACAGGAAUUUUGCAUGCAAAUAAAAUCAUAUGUUGGUUACAAGAAAUUC